UCCGGCCGCGCGACUUCCGCCUGGCUGCCCGCGGGAGAGAGGUUCCGCCGCCCUCGCGCCCUGUCGCCCGCGCUGGGCCGCUCGCGCCCUCCGCGUCCGCCUGCGAACGGUCCGGUCACGCGUGGCUCGGCUGCCGCCGUUCCCCUCACCGAGCCCACACCCCCCUCAGCGCAGGGCCGCCGAGCCGGGGGGCCGCGCCCGCCCCGCCGGUGGAGGCCGCCAUGGGCGCGUACCUGUCGCAGCCCAACACGGUGAAGAGCUCUGGGGAUGGGGCCGGGCUUGGGCCGCGCCCGCUUCAUUUCGGCUUCAGCGCCAUGCAGGGCUGGCGCGUCUCCAUGGAGGAUGCACACAACUGCAUACCUGAGCUGGACAGUGAAACAGCUAUGUUCUCAGUCUACGAUGGACACGGAGGAGAAGAAGUUGCCCUAUACUGUGCCAAGUAUCUUCCUGAGAUAAUCAAAGACCAGAAGGCCUAUAAGGAGGGCAAAUUGCAAAAGGCCCUGGAAGAUGCUUUCUUAGCCAUAGAUGCCAAGCUUACCACUGAGGAGGUGAUUAAAGAGCUCUCUCAAAUGGCUGGGCGACCCCAAGAUGAUGAAGAUGAGAAGGAGAAGGUUGCUGAUGAAGAUGAUGUGGAUAAUGAGGAAGCUGCUCUUCUGCAUGAAGAAGCCACAAUGACCAUUGAGGAGCUUCUCACACGUUACGGACAAAACUGCACCAAGAACCUCAAAAACAAGUCAUUAGCUCCAGCUGGGGAGAACGCUGCAGAGGGGACAGGCAAGCAGCAUGAUGGGGAGUCAAAUAUGAAUGGAGAGGCUGACCCAGGGGAGCUUACCGACCACAAGGAGAGGAAGAAUGGGAAGCCAGAUGAAGAAAUCACGGGUAUUUCCUCCACCUCAGACAAAGCCAGCGCUGGAGGCAACAGCCCUGCUCUGCAGAAGCCUGAAGCAGGCAAAGGUGACGAGGCCGUCACCUCUUCUACUGGGGAGGCCGGGCCCUCCUGCUCCUCUACGGGAAAGCCCCAGCGCACAACCAAAUCCAAAUUUUUUGAGGACAGUGAGGAUGAGUCAGAUGAGGUUGAGGAAGAGGAGGAAGACAGUGAGGAAUGCAGUGAAGAUGAAGAUGGUUAUAGCAGUGAAGAGGCAGAGAACGAAGAUGAUGAAGAUGACACUGAAGAAGCAGAGGAGGAUGAGGAUGAAGAGGAAGAAAUGUUGUUACCAGGCAUGGAGGGGAAAGAGGAGCCUGGCUCUGACAGUGGCACAACUGCUGUCGUGGCACUUAUCCGGGGCAAGCAGCUAAUCGUGGCUAAUGCUGGAGACUCUCGUUGCGUGGUGUCAGAAGGUGGCAAAGCCGUCGACAUGUCAUAUGACCACAAGCCAGAGGAUGAGGUGGAGCUGGCCAGGAUAAAGAAUGCUGGUGGCAAGGUCACCAUGGAUGGGAGAGUGAAUGGUGGUCUCAACCUCUCCAGAGCAAUCGGUGAUCACUUCUACAAGCGGAACAAGAAUCUGCCUCCAGAAGAACAGAUGAUUUCUGCUUUGCCUGACAUCAAAGUGCUGACAAUAAAUGAUGACCACGACUUCAUGGUCAUUGCUUGUGAUGGAAUCUGGAAUGUGAUGAGCAGCCAGGAAGUGGUGGAUUUCAUCCAGUCCAAGAUCACCCAAAAGGAUGAGAAUGGAGUCCUGAGGCCACUCUCCUCCAUUGUAGAAGAGCUGCUGGAUCAGUGUUUGGCUCCAGACACCUCAGGGGACGGCACCGGCUGCGAUAACAUGACCUGCAUCAUUAUCAGUUUCAAACCCCGUAAUGCACAUCCACCUGCUGAGAGUGGGAAGCGGAAACUGGAGGACGUGGCAGCACCAGCAGAAGAGAAUGGUGGCGAUAACAAGAAGAAGGCCAAGCUGGAAUAGCUGGCCUCGCACAGGGACUUUGCUGUGCACUCACCAGACUCUCGUUUCUUAAACAUGCUGAAUGCAAGACUCCAAAGUCUUGCCCUUUUUUUAGCCUUAGCAGAGGCCUUGUUUGUCCGUGUCCGGGGUGGGGGGUGGGUCUGGUUAGCAAAGGCAUGUCGCACUGUUCAUCUGUAACCAUUCCAAAGAGGGAGCUGAGGACACAGUUGCGUGCGGGAGCAGCCACCAGCCACAGCGCAGGAGCCCACUGCAGCCUGUGAGCACGGAGCCCUUGGUUAGGAGAAGGAUGUCCCCCCAUUGUCUCCAUGUGGUUGUUGCCAUUUCUGUGCCUGUGAAUUUCUGUUCAGAGGGAAGAACUUUUUCACUGUUGAGGUUUUUUUAAUCCACACCCAAUUAUUUAAGGCCCUUUGUUUUUAUUUGUGAAACAAUCUGGCUGUGGUGCUGCCGCCACACCGCAUUCUGUUGUACACUUUCAAUCAAUACCUUUUUCAAACUAAAAGCCCAAAAAACAUA